AUGUUAUAUUCCAAACCCGGAAGUCAUCCCCUUGAUGCGAAAUUUGAAACUCGGGGAGGUAGUGGAAACCGUGACAGAUCCGUCCCGUUGUUCUAUCGAAUCUCUAAGUGACGUCAGAUGUGGUUUUAUCAAUGAACUUGUGAUCGUGACAAGAAAUUCACAAGGGGAUAUAUGCCAUACCAGGGAAGAUAUAAUUGAUGUACAAAUCCAAGAUGUUGAUGGUGACUAUGUUGAGAAAGGACUGAUUGAAACUGAAACUGGAACAUUUGUAGUGAAGUACAAAGCAGGGAAACCCUCACCAUACAAAGUUGUGGUGAGUAUUGGAGGAAAACAAGUCAAAAACUCGCCACAGAAUAUUGAGACAAUUGCUAAAGCAGAAUUUAAACCCUUGAAGAUAAUUGAUGUCAAAGACAGGAUGUCCAAUCCUAUUGCACUUGAUGUUGGUGACUAUGGCGACAUUGCUGUGGUUAAUGAUUAUAAAGAUGAUGUACGUGUUGUGUUGUUCAAUGCUGAUGGAGAGUAUUUGCGAGACAUUGGUAGUGCAGGAUCAGGAGAUGGUCAGCUGAGUGAUCCAUUUGGAGUCAUCUUCAAUAAGGAAAAAAUAGUCAUCACCGAUAAUCUAGGUGAUUGUGGCUGUAUCAAGGUAUUUGACAUCGAUGGUACCUACAAUAGAAGUCGUUUGAAACUACCAAGAGGAAUGAUAUUGCAAGGCCUGUGUACAGUGAAUCAAACCAUCGCGUGCUUGUGUUAUAAUAAGAAUACUAAAGAGACAUUUAUAAAGUUCUUUGACAAAUAUAGUUAUGAUCACCUUUACGACAUCAAACUGGAUGUUCCUGAUGAUGAUCAUUGUCAUCCUUGGUCAUUAGCUUUUGACAACUAUAAGUACUUUGUGUCGUUUAUUGGUGUGAACAUUGUUUAUGUUUUUGACGAGAAUGGUGUUCUACUGUACACGUUUGGAAUGAAAGGCAACAAAGAAGGUCAGUUUAAUGAGGUACGUGGACUUGCUGUGUUUGGUAGAGAAAUGCUUCUUGUCUGUGAUCUAUAUAACCAUCGCGUGCAAGUCUUUACUCAAGACGGUCAGUUCAUAAGUUCUUUAGGUAGCUAUGGUUCAGGUCUUGGUCAAAUGAAACGUCCUUAUGACGUUGCUGUUACACAUGGUCAAGUAUUUGUGCUUGAAUGUUUGGACAGACGAAUACAGGUGUGGAGAUGAGAUCUGUUGACUGCCUUCAUAGCGAUGUACCCAUAAAAACAAAUAAUACUACCUGUUGCACACCAAAUAUGUACAAUUGUAGUCAUAGAGAACAUGUCCUAAAUCAGUUAUCCUCCGUAGCAGCAGAACGUUUGUUUCUAUUGUAUUUUAGAAGGACUAAAAUUACAGGUGAAACAAAAAAAGCUGCACUCCAAUUGACAGUUGAGAAUCAUAUCAUUAUUGAUUGGACAUUGCUUUAGUUUAGAACCAUUUUAUUUUUUGAAUUUUUCAUUUAACAACCUAGGUGAUUAUACUCCGUAUGGAAAAUCACAAUUUAGUCUCUAAUUUAUGUGGCUUAAAAUUUAAGUCAAUGUAGCUAAAAAUAUGUACAAUUGUAGUCAUAGAGUUGGUCAUAAUGAACAUGUCCUCAAUCAGUUAUCCUCCGUAGCAGCAGAACGUUUGUUUCUAUUGUAUUUUAGAAGGACCAAAAUCACAGUUGAAACAAACGCUACACUCUAACUGACGGUAUGACAAUCAUAUCAUUAUUGAUUGGAAAUUGCUGUCGUUUAAAACCAUUUUAUAUUCUUAGAGUUUUCCACUCAAAAUACUAGGUUGUUAUACUCCGUAUAGAAAAUCACAAUUAAGACUAAUUUAUGUGACAUACUGUAAUUUUUAAGUAGAUUUUGAUGUUAUAAAAUAAAAGAAUUUGAGUCAA